AGAGCCUGUCACCUCUCGCCUCUUUCACAAUCAGCUGACCGCGUGAGCUUAUUUGUACGCGCGCUCCCUAGAGGCGGAGGCUUUGCAUCCGACUAGGUGAGGCUGUCAGAGACGCGAGCAGCUGGCAGGAGGUGAACUCGGAGUGAGCACAAGGUGAAAAAACUCAUUAGGAAAAAUGGCGAGCAGUAACCUUCUGGGACGCAUCCGGAACCAUCCUCAACCCCCAACACCCGCACUAGCGAUUACAAAGGUGAUUUUGUGCGGCAUGCCCAUUGCUCAGAUUGCUAUUGGGACAAUAUACCUUAAUGAGUGUCCGCGUGAGCACUACAUCCCCAUCUAUCUGAUAGUGGUGGGAGUCUUUGGCCUGAUUCUGUCGUUGCUCUCCUGCUUGCCCUGCGCCAGGGAGUCUGAAGAAGGCACCUCCAACCCUCUGAGCACAAUCUGCACAACCUGGAACUCACUGACAUCUGUCUUUCUCUUCUGCUGGUUUAUCGCUGGUAAUGUAUGGAUCUACUCUAUUUAUCAGCCCAACUACACCAAAAACGCAACAGAUGUGAGCUCCUACUGCAACAAGACCCUUUACCUGUUUGCCUUCUGGACCACCACUUUGGUUUACAUCCUGAUCGGUUUGUUUUUCGUGUGCGGCUUCUUGGUCCUCCUCUGCUUCUGCCUGUGUGGCCGCGCCGAUCCCGACGACGACGUGUAACGACUUUCAGAAACGAUGACGGUACUGGACGCACACAACGAAUAUGCUGCUGAUGCAAAUAUGUUUACUAAUAUGUUGUAAUAAAAAAAAAAAAGCAGCAGGGUAAGUGUGUGAUGUGUCCGUGCAUCUUGUGUUGAAAGAUGAGCAUUUUCUAUACCUCUGCAGCAGCUACUGUUUACAGGAAUUUUAUUCUGAAAUCAAGAAGAUCACUGGUGUUUAAGAAUUUGUACGAGAGCUGAUUCCAAUAGCAAAAAUAUGUUUUACUUUCCUAUUUGUUUCCAUGUUUGUCCCAGAAAAACACGUCUGUUAUAAAUGUGAGGAGGGUUUUUCUCACAAGUAUCUCAGCUCGUCAUUAAACUCUUUUAGUGACGCUACAGAUAAAUAUCAGCCACCGACAUCGUUUACUGCCAUCCUAUUUGCUGAUAAACGCCCAGCAUCAGUCAGUGUUCAGCUGAUACAUCUGUGAAUCUGUAGAUGUGCUGUUACAUGAUGAGCCACAAAUUUGGGGUUAUUGAGUGUACAUGAUGAAAUUAAAAAGUCACUUUGGUAAUGGUGUCAUUCAGGGAAUAAACAAAUACUAAAAAAUCCUGUGUAAUGCAGUUUUUCAUACUUUACAAUUCUGUAAAGUGUAGGUUUGUUUUCUGUGGAAACCAACACUUCUCUCUGUUUCACUGUUCAAAAUGUAAUCACAACAUUAAAGUCUGUCAGAGGUUUAUCGCUGUAAGUUAUGGAUCAUGAAUCUUGAGAUUAGCAAUAAAAGUAUUUUGUCAUGUCAGGAAUAAACAUGAAAGACAAGAG